UGAUCACUUGUACCUUUCAUGAACCUUAAAACAGCAGUCACUACACAGGCCAGCCUCACAGCUGCAUCAAUGGUAACAGGAUACUGAGCAAAAGCACACAAUAUGAAAGGGAGAAUUGUCUCGUUGCUUUUUUUAGCUGUACAGUAUCUCUCUGGAACGGCAACAUUUGAAAGACGUAUUGGUAUAAAUUCAUCAGUCAUUCCACUUCCCUGGAAUCCAAAUGCAGUUUAUGCUGCAAAGUGUGACUUCAAUGAUGAACAGGCUCCAUUUUGCAAUUGGAACUGUAGCAACUGGAUAAGGAUGCAGCAAACUAUAUCCACUCCAGAGACACAACCAGCUGCUCUCCAUGUUCAAAGAGGUGAUUACUAUCUUUAUCACAAAACCAGCCCUUUGAAUCCUUCUGUAAAUGCUCGUUUGGAAAGUCCAUCAGUCAGUGUGCUCGGAAAUGUCUGUGUGGAGUUCAGGUACCUCCUGCUUGGCCCAAACAGCACUAUGCUCAAAGUGCUGACCAAAGAUAUUUCUGGAGAGAGAGAGAUCAGCACUAUAAGUGGGAGUCAUGGUUCAUCAUGGAAGCAAGGUUUUGUUCCUGUGUACUACCUUACAGAAACCACACUACAGGUGAUUUUUGAGGCUGUGCAGGGGCUGUCAGGAUUUGGUGAUAUAGCUAUUGAUACUGUUGGGGUCAGAAAUGGAUCAUGCAGUGACCCUGUGUGUACGCCAAACAGCCACUAUGACUCCUGUGCUUCAGCAUGCCCUGCCACAUGUGCUCUGCCAAAUGCCCCCUUCUCUUGUGAGUGGCCCUGUGUUGAGGGGUGUGUUUGCAACAUAGGAUAUCUCCUCAAUGAGGGCAGGUGUGUGCCCAGUAACCAGUGUGGCUGUUGGGAUAAUGGAGUGUAUUAUUCUCCUGGUUCGGGAUUCUGGACAGACGAUACUUGUUCAACUCAAUGUACUUGUCCUUCUUUGGGUGGACACCUGACAUGCUCUUCAGCGUCUUGUCCAAGUGAUCACUACUGUGGGAUAUCCAGUGGCGUACCUGACUGUUACCCGUCCACCUUUGGCAUCUGUAAGCUUCACAAUGGCCCCCACUACAACACCUUCGAAAACACUCUCCAUCAGUUUAUGGGAACAUGCACCUACACACUGGCUAAACUUUGCAUGAAAUCUUCUUCAAUUCCCUACUUCAGUGUUAAAGUGAAAAUUGAAAAUCGAGGCAAUUUCUCCAAUUUCUACAUCCAUGAACUCCAUGUAAAUGUCUAUAAUUAUAUCAUCUCCAUGUUUAAAGAGUUGAGAGAUAAAGUCAUGGUUAAUGGUCUUUGGAGAAAACUACCUGUGAGUCUGUCUGGAGAGUCAGUGAGGAUCCACAAGAGAGGAAGGUUAAUUGUUUUGAAGACAGGUUUUGAUCUGAAGCUCUCUUACAAUGCAGAUUAUAUGGUGGAAGUGAAAGUCCCCAGCUUAUAUUUCAACAAAACAUGUGGCAUGUGUGGCAACUACAAUCAUUUUAGACAAAACCUUUUAGUCAAAGACAAAACUGAGAUCCAAAGCAGCUGGCAAGACUCACCUGGAGAUCUGACUUGUGAGCCAACAGUGCCCCCCCAUCCAUGUCCCCACAGUAAAGAGCAAAAUUACAAAGGCGAUCAAAUGUGUGGUCUGAUUACAUCAACGAAUGGUUACUUUUCCCAGUGCCUUUCUGUCGUCAAUCCAGAGAGUUUCUUUCAGCAAUGCGUUUUCCAUAUGUGUGCGCAAAAUGGUGAUUUGAAUGUUUUGUGCAAUAUCUUACAAGCUUAUGCGGAUGCUUGUCAGAGUGCUGGCUUGAUCCUGCCAAUUUGGAGAAAUGCUUCCUUCUGUCCCCUUACAUGUACAGCAAAUAGCCAUUACAACUCUUGUACCAGUGCCUGUCCAGAAACCUGCAUGGAUCGUGAUGCCCCAGCAACCUGUAAAAGACCCUGUGUAGAAGGAUGUGAGUGUGAUAAUGGCUUUUUGCUCAGUGGAGGGAGGUGCAUUGUUCCUGAUAACUGUGGCUGCUGGGUGAAUGGUCAAUAUUACGAGAAGGAAGACACUUUCAUGGAUGGAAACUGUGAGAGCAUGUGUCGAUGCCUGGGAAACAACAACAUUACCUGCUCUCCAGUAUCUUGUCGACAGGACGAAGUGUGUAAAAUUAAAGACGGCUUCCUGGGCUGCUUCCGUACCAGUGCAGCUACAUGCCACAUCUUUGGGGACCCACACUACUCCACGUUUGAUGGCAAACUGUACCACUUACAGGGUUCCUGCAACUACACUGUGGUUCAGACCUGUGUCAACAGCUCUGUCCAUUUCACCGUGAGCAGCAGAAAUGAGCACAGAGUGAUCCCUGGAUUAUCUGCUUUGAACUCUGUUGCCUUAGAGGUCCAAGGCCUUCAUAUAGCACUGAGGAAAGACAAAAAUGUUUAUAUAAAUGGGAUGUUAGCGACGCUGCCAGUGCUGGAGAGUAAAAUACAUGUGUUUUAUGAGGGGUCCUAUAUUCAUGUGGAAACUACCUUUGGCCUUCGGCUCUUGUUUGACGGAGAUCAUAGCCUUUUUGUUCAGAUAGAUGAAAGAUACAAGGGUAAGAUUUGUGGGCUUUGUGGCACCUACUCAGACAGCCAAUUGGAUGAUUUCAUGACUCCAGAUGGCACGCUUGUCCACAGUCCUGAGGACUUUGGGAAGAGCUGGAGAAUUCAAGAUGAUGAGUGGAUCUGUAAUUCAGAUCCUCCUCCUGUGCUUCCUUGUAAUCCACAACUGGACAGUGAAGCCUUCCAGAAGUGCAGUGUACUUUUUGCAGCCCCUGGACCCUUUGAAAAAUGCCAUUGGUUCAUCCCACCACAGCUGUAUGUGGAUAGCUGUGUGUAUGACCACUGUGCUACAGGGGGUGACGUACACCAGCUCUGCACUUCCCUGGAAUCCUACGCUGCUGCCUGUGAGGUGGCCAAAGUUAAUUUAGGGAACUGGAGGGAGAAGACAAUUUGUGCUUGUCCUUUGAAUUGCAACUUUGACAGUGAUCUAUGUGGGUGGACGCAGCUGUUAACUGAUAGCUUUGAUUGGACAAGGCAGCAUGGACCCACACCUACUGAAUUUACUGGGCCUUUACAGGACCACACCACUGGAGAUGGCUAUUAUAUGUACAUUGAAGGCGACAGAGUCUACACUGGUGACUCAGCUCGAGUGAUCAGCCCUCAGUGCAAUGCUACAGGACAGCUGCUGUGUCUGCAGUUCUGGUACCACAUGUAUGGGACAGCGAAUGCAAUGGCACUCAAUGUGUACCUGCUGAAGGACAAAAGAGCUAUAAAACUCUGGUCAAGAAAAGACAACCAAGGAGACAUAUGGCAUAGAGCAGACCUGGAAAUAAAGGACAUGGGGACACUACAGUUCAUCUUUGAAGGAAUAAGGGGAACAGAUACUGAAACGGAUAUUGCUGUGGAUGAUAUCUCAAUAAAAUUUGGACCUUGCGCUGAUUCAUCACGCAUUGAGAUGAAAAUGAUGUCAACUGUAAUUCCAAAGGCAUCAACUUCAGCUGGCAAACCAACAAAUAAAGCAACAGCCAUCGUAAAACUAGUAAAAGCCAUGCCAACCACUUCCUCUGUAAUGCACACAAAUGAAGUACCUGGAUAUGUACCUUCAGUCUGCCUUUUGGACUGCAACUUUGAGAAGGAUUUCUGUGGAUGGUCCCAGCCGCUGACAGGCAGCUUACACUGGACAAGGCAUCUUGAGACUACCUCUUCCACAUUCUCAGGACCAUCAUUUAAUCACACAACCAGAGAUGGCUACUACAUGUACAUUGAGGAUGAUGGUGUUUAUAAUGGAGGUAGAGCUCGCCUGCUCAGCUCAGAGUGUACAGAUCCAAGGCCUCAGUGUCUGGAUUUUUGGUAUCGCAUGUAUGGUGUGGCUGGCACUAUGGCCCUGAAUGUUUACUUGCUGGAGAACAGAAGCACUGUCAGGAUAUGGUCUGAGACAACAAAUCAUGGAGAUAUGUGGCACAGAGCAGGAAUAGAAAUAAAGUCCCCUGGACCAUUCCAGAUUAUUCUUGAAGGACAAAGAGGAACUGGCUACUGGUCAGACAUUGCAGUGGAUGACAUAACUCUUAAACCUGGAAGAUGUGCAGAUUUAAUAGAGCCAGUGAAAAUCAAUAUUAAAGAUAUAUUAACAAUCACAGAAUCCCACAUACCUAUGCAAACAACAACUAAACCACCCCACCCCCCAGUAUCAACAACUAAACAAGCCAUAUCCCAAGUAAUAACAACUGUAACACCCCAGUUCCCAGAAUCAACAACUAAACCACCCCAACUCCCAGUAUCAACAACAAAACCAUUGAAACCAACUACCCUUUUGUCAAUAUCAGAGACAACAACCACAAUAUCAGCAACUAAACUAGCCCAACUCACAGUAUCAACAAAUAAACCAGCCCCACUCCCAGUAUCAACAACUAAACCACUCCAGCAACCAAUAUCAACAACUAAACUAACCUAUCUCCCAGUAUCAACAAAUAAACCACCACAGCCCCCAGUAUUAACAACUAAUCCAUUGAAACCAACAACUCCAUUGUCAGUAUCAGAGACAACAACCGCAAUAUCAACAAAUAAACCAUCUCAAGAACCUCCAAUAUUAACAGCUGAACCAACCCAGUCCCCAAUAUCAUCUACAGCUCAACCACACCAACCACCAAUAUCAACAAUUAAACCAUCCCGACCCCCAAUAUCAGAUAAAACACAUCAGCCCCCAGUAUCAUCUACUACUGCAUCACUUCAACCCCCAGUAUUGACAGGUAAACCACCCCAGCCCCCAACAGCACCAUCAAAACCAACUACUCAACCUGCAAAAUCAGAGAAAACACCUCAACCACCAAUAUCAAUAAAUAAACCAUCCCAACAACCUCCAAUUUUACCUACUAAACCAUCUCAACCUCCUAUGUCAGCAAAAACACCUCAACACCCACUAUCAUCUACAACUAAUAUGCCUCAGCCUCCAUUAUCAACAACUAAACCACCCCAACAACCCAUAACAUAUACAACUACAUACACAACUGAACCAUUAGUACCAACCACUAGACAUCCAGAAGUGGCAACACCUACAUCCAUCACAGCAUCCACAGGGGUUACAACCAGAAAACCUGAGCAAACAACCAACAAAGCACAAGGUGCAUCUUUUUGCCACAUUGCUGGGGACCCCCAUUACUUUACAUUUGAUAAGGUCAUGCACACUUUUGUGGGUGCCUGUGCAUACACCCUGGUAAAGGUUUGUCAGACUGAUGGCAGUGUUACUCCAAUAACUAUCAGUGGUCUGAAUGAAGCCCAUGGCCAACCAGAGGCCACAUACCUUAAACAGGUGGAUAUCACAGUGUACAACAACAAGUUGAGUAUUCUGAAAGACAAACAGCUCCUGUUGAAUGGCAAGGAAAUCAGCAAUAUGGAUCAGCCACUAGCAAAAGGAAUUACUGUCACCUCCCAACGUCUGUAUACUACAGUGUUAACCGACUUUGGAGUAUCUGUGAAAUUUGAUGGAAAACAGCACCUUGAAAUCAGACUACCACCUGAAUAUUUUUCAAAGGUAUGUGGCAUGUGUGGAAACAACAACAACCGUCAGGAUGAUGAAUUGCUCUUGCCAGAUGGGCAGCUGGCUCACAACGUGUCCCAUUUUGGAAACAGCUGGAAAAUAGAUGAAGACAGUCCACCCGAGUGCCUUGCAGAUGAAAGAGAAGACUUAGGCUCUCCCUGCAAGACUGAUCAGAAACCUGAAAUUGAAAAGCAGUGUGAGGUCUUGCUCUCUGAAACGUUUAAACCUUGUCAUUCUGUAAUUCCACCUGAGCAUUUCAUUGAAAGCUGUGUUUAUGAUAUGUGCAAGUACCUCGGUAUGAUAUCGACACUGUGUGACAUGAUCCAGGCCUACGUGAGUGCUUGCAGAAGUGAGGGAGUACACAUCAACUGGAGACGUGGGGACUUUUGUCCUCUCUCAUGUCCAAAGAAUAGCCACUACACAGUUUGUGUCCCUGCUUGCCAGCCCACCUGCGCAGAUCUCCAUGCUUCAGUGCAUUGUGAUAAAGUCCAGUCUUGUGUGGAAGGCUGUGUGUGCAACAACGGCUAUGUGCUGAGUGAAGACAAAUGUGUGCCAAUAAGGAAAUGUGGGUGCCAGGACAAGAAGGGUAACUACUAUAAACUAGGUGAGUCUUGGAUCACUGACCACUGCUCUCAGAAAUGCAAAUGUGAAGAAGAGGAUGAUCAUGCAGAAAUUGACUGUGACGACUAUGGCUGUGAUGAUGACUCGGUGUGUGCUCUCAGUGAAAAUGGGGAAUACAAGUGCAAGCCUACAGAUUUCAGUGAGUGCUCGGUGUCUGGAGAUCCCGAAUAUAAAACAUUUGAUAACAUGGAGCAUCAGUUUGAAGGCAGACAUUCCUACAUUCUGGUCCAAACGGUUCACAUUCCAAAGGAUCUUCCAGAGAUCUACAUUGAAGGCAUCAAUGGACUUGUGAAGGAUGAUGAUGAUGAGGAUGACAAAGAUGAUGAGGAUGAUGAUGAUGAUGAUGAUGACAACAGUGAUGAUGAAGAUGACGAUGAUGACGAAAAAGGCCUCACAACCCUGAAAGAGAUAAAAAUCAGAGUUUAUAAUCAUACAGUGAAGUUCAAGCAUAAAAGAAAGCUUGUGCUGGAUGGUGAAAAAGUAAAACCACCAACCAUUCCUCACAGAGGAAUGAAAAUCACACAACGGUCCUCCCUCCUCUUCUUGGAGACAGACUUCGGAUUGUCAGUGAAAUUUGAUGGACAUGACCACGCAGAGAUAACUCUUCCUUAUACAUACCAGAACAAGAUAGUGGGAUUGUGUGGGAAUUAUGAUGGAGAUAAGAAUAAUGAUUUCAUGAAGCCAGAUGGAAGCCAGGCAAAGAAUAUGAAUGAAUUUGGAGAAAGCUGGCAAGUGCAGACAAGCAAGUUAAAUGUCAGAGAAAGAAGAAGUUUCUCAAGCCACAGUGAUGCUGCAAUUCAAGACUACAAUAACACAGGUGUGAGUGCUACAAUAUCCUUUCAGUGCACAGAGCAACAGAAGACCCUCCUAAAUAGCAUGAGAUUCUGUGGCAUAAUUUCUGACCCCCAGGGACCAUUUUCCACUUGUCAUGGUGCCGUUCAACCUGUAAAGCAUCUCGAAAACUGUGUCGCUGACCAGUGUUCAUCUUUUAACAACACAAGCCUUCUGUGUAAAAGCUUGCAACGCUAUUCAGAGGCCUGUCAGAAAAGAGGAAUCUCCAUUGGAAACUGGAGGGCAAGCACUCUGUGUGAAAUGAAGUGUCCUUCACACAGUGAGUACCGGCUGUGCAUGACAGCCUGCCCGCCAUCCUGUGGCAACCUGGCCAACCCUAGGGACUGUGAAGCCCCCUGUCAAGAGGGCUGCCAGUGCUUGCCAGGUUUUGUGCAUAGCAACUUUGACUGUGUGCCCUACAAGGAGUGUGGCUGCUUCUACCACAAUGUCUACCACAAGGAUGGUGAGACUUUUGUCACAGAGGACUGCGCACAGAACUGCACUUGCUCAGACACAUCUGUCACCUGCAGGCCAAUGAAGUGUCCCUCAGGGCUUGUGUGCCGAACUUCAAACAUGAUUCGAGGCUGCUACGAGGCUUAGAAGGUUCACAUCAAUGUUUAUCUUUACACAUUGUAUAAUGAUAAA